GCUGCACAUAAUGAUCACUGUAUGACAUCAAAGUACCGCGAGAGCAAUAAGAUUAAUGAAGAAGAAGGAAUGAAGAAGCAAUAAGAUUACUUUCCUGCAGAGACCUGCUGAUUUCCGGCAACGGUUGAGUUUCGGUUUUGAUACGUCAUUAUUCUACUUGUGCACAGGAAGAGGAACAAGGGGCUUUUGUUGGGCUUCAGAUUAAACGCAAAUCCGUGUGCAUGAAAACGUCAUUGUUCUGUACGAUCUUUUAAAUCAUGAAACGCGGACUGUUCACUAUCAUUGGGGUCACAGCUGGGGCAGUUGGUGCGGUUGCAUUGGCCCCCGUGGCGCUCACCAUGGCUGGAUUCACCUCUGCUGGUAUAGCAGCAGGGUCUCUGGCUGCCAGCAUGAUGUCAUCAGCAGCCAUCGCCAACGGUGGUGGUGUGGCUGUGGGAAGUUUGGUCGCUCUCCUCCAGUCUGCAGGUGCUGCUGGACUGUCUGCAGGUGCGGCGGCAGCUGUGGCAUCUGUGGGUGGAGCAGCAGGUGCUGUAAUAGGUGGAGCUGCAGAUUUGUUCUCUCAUUCCAGGAGUCCACCUUCACUUGAGGAGGAAGAUGAUGGAAAUGAAGAAGAAGAAGAGAUAGAGAUGCUUUUUUUGGAGUCCAAAGACCUUGUGCCAAAAUAAGGACUUCUGUUAAUAACAAUGUAUUUGUUUGAGCACUUUGUAUUUGUGUUCAUGUCGGUCAUGAUUGAAGAUAACUCCUUUUUAUUAAUCAACUAAAAUUUUUUAUUUUGCCAGAUUUCAAAGUAUUACCUUUUAAGUAUGAGUGCAAGAAAUUGUAAUUAAAAGGAUUUGUGUCCUUGAAUGUCAUACUUAAAUCUUUACAGCAGAAUUUGGAUUCGUCAGCUAUUUAAACUCAUUUGCUACCUGCCAUUUUUUUUUCGCCUGCUGCAAUCUGACCAGCCCUCGACAUUUCAAGUUAGUCUUUUGUAAAGCUUCUCUCAGCAAUUUUUCUUUCAUAUAAUUGAACUAAAUAAAAAUGUAUAGGCUAUGCAGUAAGCAAAUAAAUGAUGAAUCAGAACAAUAUGAUA